AUGGCAAUCACACACGGCAUAACACAGUGCAGCGAUAGCGGAUAUGGGAGUGUGGAUAGCCGGCAAGAUACGGAUCCUCUACACACUUCACGACGCAAAAGCGCGCAUGAUUUCCAACACACAGCUAGCCCUGGUCGAGCUGCUAUUAGUGCUGGUCGCGAGCACCCGGUAGAGAUCCCAAGAUGUAUGGUGCAGAAGAACCAGGUCGAUGUCGAGCUACUACGCAACGGGCCCGUCGAACCAUUCUUGACGACAGAAACGCUUCAAGAGCUCGACCUUGUCUUUAUCAAACACAACCUGGCGCUAAGAGUUGACAUAAAUUACAACCACGACCUCCACUUCACACCAAUUGCAGGCAGCAGGGCGGAAGACAAGCGCAUCGAGAAAGAGAAGUACCUUCGCUGCCUCGAGUACGAGCUGGAGAUACAUAAACACAAAGCAAUGGGAGGGUGCGAUGGAUGUACGGACAUCGGCAGCAGUGGGCGUGUAGCCUUUAGGUCGAGGCUGGGCUUUCUGUUCUACGACGUGAAAAGUCUGUUAUUCUUGCUCGUACCGGAGGACGAUCACGACGUCAUUGAUGCCAAUCUGGACGUGGACUCUGUCGAUGUGGUUGAAGUCGCUACUGACGAGCACUGUGCGCCCAUUCGAGACGAACGAGCGGUCGAAAUGGCCGACAUCAUGACCAAAGCCGCACUUGAAGGUGAUAUGCAGCGUCUGGUCAUCGGCAUCGAGAGACUCCUGCUCUUUCUUGAGUGCAUGAGGCUAGACGUUGCAAAUCAUCAGAUUCGCACUUAUCGACCGCUUCUCAUCAACGAAGGCAUUCAUUUUCAGAUCGAGUACUUUGAGUCACGCAUCCAGCAGGGUCGGCUGAAUAUUGAUGGCGCGAGGCAAUGGUUCCGUGAGCUGUGCAAUCAGCGUUCCUCUCAUUCGCAAGCCCGACAUGCCAGUAUGCCUUGGAGUACUCCAGCUCAUGGACGAGAUGUCUUGGUUCACGGACUAGUUCAACUCUGCUUCUCCACCGAUGUCGGGUUCCCAAUUACCUUCAAGCAUGACAGCAGCAGGCUACGUAAUAUUCAGCGCGAGGUGCAGACCGAGAUUCACCUCCAAGCACGUUCCGAUGUUUACAGAAAGCUUUUACAGCACCUCUCAGUUAAGCCUUCAGCAGCGCCACCCUUGAACACCGAGUGUCUGCUCGACCUGCUCGAGCCAGAGGGCAGUCGCGGGAAUAGCUAUUACUCGAUACGACCAGAUCAACUUUCGUCUCUCUGGGCGGACAACGCAUCUCAGCUCGCUUUAGAAAUCACUCGCCAGGCGUAUCGCGCAGCCAAUCUCCCGAUACCCGACUACAUGUUUGCAGCAGCGGAAAAGAACCUGCUGCAGAGGUUCAGUCUCGAGCGGCAACACCAUCUCUGGGCUAAGGAAAUAGCCUGCCGACUAGAGCGAGCGGUCCUCCACUGGUGUGCCGUCUUCCACAGCAUGUCACCUUUGGAAAUAUCAGAUGAGCAGCGACGGUAUCAGCAACAAAAAGCCAGCCCACUAUCACUGUCCUGGGCUUCGACUGCACAAGACGCGAAUCCUGCUGAUCCAGAGCCCGGACUCGUAGCUUUCGACAUCCAGGACGCUGCGAGACGGCUCGCCCACAUGACAGUGCUGCACUGGAGAGUGUGGAAAGGACUGGUCUACCUUGACUCGCACGUCUGCAAGGAAUACAACAUCGAUGUUGAGGACGUCGUCGAUCCUGACCGCGGGACUACCGAUAUGCCUCCGGCUUUUGAUGCGAUACCGGGCCAAAUUGAGCUGCCUGGCGCAUCAUCGUCUCUGGAUACACCACUACCACCUGUUUCUUGA